CAAGAAAAAUUGCUUUGCAUUUUGGCGUUAUUGAGCUACAGGAACAUUCACAAUGCCAGAAAAACAGACAGAAACAAACCUGAAUUCCUAGUGUUUUUCUACUGAUAAAAUCGUGAAGAAAUCACCCAAAUACAAACAAAAUGACAUCUCAGAUAGCAUUAGCUGUGACGCUCUCUAUUCUUAUCCUACUCACUGUCAGCGGAAAUAUUUUGGUUUGUCUGGCUGUGUACGCGACCAGACGCCUACGUAACGUCACCAACUGCUUCAUCGUCUCGUUAGCGGUUACGGACUUUUUACUAGGCGCUCUCGUGCUGCCGUUUUCCACCCUUUACCAAGUUACGGGCGAGUGGCCACUGGGGGCGCACUUCUGCAACAUCUACAUUUCGCUAGACGUCAUGCUAUGCACCGCCUCCAUACUCAAUCUCUUCGCUAUCAGCUUGGACCGAUACUUUGCGGUCACUGCCCCGUUGCGUUAUCCAAUGCUAGUGCUUCCGUGGCGAGUUGGUGUGAUUUUAGCGACAAUCUGGCUGGUUUCGGUUGGUGUUUCAUUUGUACCCAUCCACCUAGGCUGGAAUACACGAGACUUGAGUGUGCAAAAUAUUCGCGAGGGCGACCCUGCGCGAGACUGCCGGUUUGAGUUAAAUCCAACGUAUGCAGUGGUCGACGCCUUUGCGACGUUUUAUCUCCCCCUGGUGGCCAUGUGCUGGAGCUACCACCAAGUUUUUCGCAUCGCAAGGACACAGGCGAAACGGAUCAUUUCUACGCGACGGGGUUCGUCAUCUUCGCCAGGAGCGACGAUGCUCACCCUGCGUGAGCACAAAGCCACAGUGACACUUGCAGUGGUGCUUGGCGCUUUCGUGGUGUGCUGGUUCCCGUAUUUCACAUUUUUUACAAUAAUGGGGAUACGUAACGAAGACAACCCGCCACGUACAGUGCAGUCGGUGGUGCUUUGGCUAGGAUACGCAAACUCUGCCCUAAACCCAGUACUUUACGCCACACUCAAUAGAGACUUCAGGUCGGCUUAUGCCAAGCUGCUCUGCGGAGGACGAGGAUGUAAAACAGGGACGAGAAUUCCAAUGGCAACAAUGGAGGAGGGGCCAAUGGGUGGACACGCCCCUCUGCCAAACAGGGCAGGGCUUCUGCCUAGAACUUGCGUGCUGCUGCAAGAGAUCGAAAAUGGAAAGACGGUCGACAGCAACACAACAGCUGGUGCUACAGUUACCAUCAUAGCUAAUGGGAAUAAAAGGUAG